CGGCGGCCAGGGGUCCCCGCGGGCGGGCCGUGGCCGGGGGCUGGCGGCCGGGACGGGCCGUUGUGCGGCCGCUGUGGAGCGGCGGCGCCGCCGCCAUGCCCGGCAGGAACAAGGCGACGUGUGGCUACGGCAGCCCGGAGCUUGCGGUGGGGCAGCAGGCCGCGGAGGGCGGGCGCGACGCCGGGGGCCGUUCGCCUCAUGGGGACGAGGAAGAAGAGCACGGGGGARCCGGUCCCGAGCACAACCUCGGUGACCCCGACAUCGUUAAAUCCCCCAGCGACCCCAAGCAGUACCGGUAUAUCAAACUGCAGAAUGGCUUAUGUGCACUUUUGAUUUCGGAUUUGAAUUACUUGGAUGGUGCCCCGGCAUCUUCAGAGGAGGAGGAGGAAAAUGAUGAUGAAUCUGAAGAGGGCAGUGAUGAAUAUGAUGACUCUGGAGCUGAGAUCGAAGAUGGUAGAGAAGAUGAUGAGGACUGUGAUGAUGAAGAUGACAGUGAUGACAGUGAUGAUGAUAAUGAGGAUUUCGAUGAUUCUGAUGACAGUGAAUUAGAAGAGCUGGCUGAAAAGGAAGAGACCAGAAAGAGAGGUUGUUCAGAAAAACAGUCUGCAGCAGCCCUCUGUGUUGCWGUUGGCAGCUUCUCUGAUCCUGAAGAUCUGCCUGGAUUAGCACACUUCCUGGAACAUAUGGUGUUUAUGGGCAGUUUGAAGUACCCAGAUGAGAACGGGUUUGAUGCAUUCCUGAAGAAGCACGGGGGUGGUGACAAUGCCUCCACGGACUGUGAGAGGACAGUGUUCCAGUUUGAUGUGCAGAGGAAGUACUUCAAAGAAGCCCUGGACAGGUGGGCACAGUUCUUUAUUCACCCAUUAAUGAUCAGGGAUGCAAUAGAUCGAGAAGUGGAGGCUGUGGACAGUGAGUAUCAGCUAGCAAGGCCCUCUGAUGCAAACAGAAAGGAGAUGUUAUUUGGGAGUCUUGCCAGGCCUGGACAUCCUAUGAAGAAAUUUUUUUGGGGUAAUGCAGAUACACUCAAACACGAGCCCAAACUGAACAACAUUGACACCUACACCAGGCUGAGGGAAUUCUGGCAGCGCCAUUACUCUGCCCACUACAUGACUUUAGUGGUCCAGUCUAAAGAAACACUGGAUACAUUGGAAAAGUGGGUGACAGAAAUCUUCUCUGAGAUCCCAAAUAAUGGUUUACCCAAACCCAGCUUUGGCCAUCUGACUCAGCCUUUYGACACACCAGAAUUUCACAAGCUUUACAGAGUUGUUCCAAUCAGGAAAGUUCAUUCAUUGACCAUAACUUGGGCACUCCCCCCACAAGAACAGUUCUACAGGGUGAAGCCUCUUCAUUAUAUUUCCUGGCUGGUGGGACAUGAAGGCAAAGGCAGUGUUCUUUCUUUCCUUAGGAAAAAGUUUUGGGCCCUUGCAUUGUAUGGAGGAAAUGGAGAGACAGGRUUUGAACAGAACUCCACUUACUCCAUCUUCAGCAUUUCUGUGACUUUGACUGAUGAAGGUUACAAGCACUUCUAYGAGGUGGCCCACGUUGUGUUUCAGUAUGUGAAGAUGCUGCAGAAAAGGGGGCCRGAUCAAAGAAUAUGGGAAGAAAUACAAAAGAUUGAGGCCAACGAAUUUCACUAUCAGGAGCAGACAGAUCCAGUUGACUAUGUGGAAAACCUUUGUGAGAACAUGCAGUUGUUUCAGAAGGAGGAUUUUCUGACAGGAGAUCAGCUCUUGUUUGAAUACAAGCCCGAGAUCAUUGCUGAUGCCUUGAGCCAGCUCAGCCCUCAGAGAGCCAACCUGGUUUUGCUGUCUGCUGCCAACGAGGGCCAGUGUCACCUCAAAGAGAAGUGGUUUGGGACUCAGUACAGCGUGGAAGAUAUUGACAAGUACUGGAGUAAUUUAUGGGCCAGUGACUUUGAGUUAAAUCCRGAUUUACACCUUCCAGAAGAAAACAAAUACAUAGCCACUGACUUUGCUCUGAAAGUUGCUGACUCUCCUGAGACAGAAUAUCCGGUCAAAACACUCAGCACACAGCAAGGCUGUCUCUGGUACAGGAAGGAUGAUAAAUUCAAAAUCCCAAAAGGUUAUGUUCGAUUCCAUCUGAUCUCUCCAUUGAUUCAGCAGUCUGCAGAAAACAUAGUUUUGUUUGAUACRUUUGUAAACAUCCUUUCCCACAACCUUGGGGAACCAGCUUAUGAAGCAGACGUGGCUCAGCUGGAAUACAAGCUGGUGGCUGGAGAGUAUGGCUUAAUCAUCCGAGUGAAAGGAUUCAAUCACAAACUACCUCUUCUAUUUCAGCUCAUCAUCGAUUACUUGUCUGACUUCAGUUUUACUCCAGCAGUCUUUGAAAUGAUAACAGAGCAGCUGAAGAAAACCUACUACAACAUCCUCAUUAAACCCGAGACGCUGGCCAAGGACGUGCGGCUCCUGAUCCUGGAGCACGGCCGCUGGUCCAUGAUCGACAAGUACCAGACACUSAUGAGGGGCCUCUCCAUCGACGCCCUCUCGGCCUUCGUCAAAGCCUUCAAGUCUCAGCUCUUCGUGGAGGGUCUGGUGCAAGGGAACUUCACCAGCAAAGAAGCAAAGGAUUUCCUGAAUUAUGUUGUUCAAAAGCUCCAGUUCGAUCCCCUGGCCCAUCCCUGCCCUGUGCAGUUCCGGGUGGUGGAUUUGCCAAACACCCACCUGCUCUGUAAGGUGAAAACUCUCAACAAGGGCGAUGCCAACUCCGAGGUCACAGUCUAUUACCAGUCAGGUGCCAGGAACUUGAGGGAAUACACCCUUAUGGAGCUGCUGGUGAUGCACAUGGAGGAGCCUUGCUUUGAUUUCCUGAGGACCAAGCAGACCCUCGGCUACCACGUGUACCCCACCUGCAGGAACACUUCUGGGAUUCUUGGUUUCUCAGUCACAGUGGCAACCCAGGCAACGAAAUACAAUACUGAAUUGGUUGACAGGAAAAUAGAGGAGUUUCUUUCUUGCUUUGAAGAAAAACUCAAGGAUUUAACUGAAGAGGCUUUUAGCACCCAGGUAACAGCUUUGAUAAAACUGAAAGAAUGCGAAGACUCCCACCUUGGAGAAGAAGUGGACAGGAACUGGAAUGAAGUGGUGACCCAGCAGUACCUGUUUGACAGGCUGGCCCGGGAGAUUGAAGCUCUCAAGUCUAUCACACAAGCAGACCUGGUCAACUGGUUCCAACUUCACAGAAGAAACCACAGGAAGGUGCUCAGUGUACAUGUGAUUGGAUAUGGAAAACACGAAGGAGACUCRGASGUUACAGCUGUCUCAGGACAGAAUUCUUCAUCUGGUGAAAUACCUCAUCUUGUUUUACUGCCCCCCUCCUCUCUGAUGAGCAACAUCACUUCCAUCAAGGACAUCAAAGCCUACACGUCAAGUCUGAAUGUUCUCCCAUACCAUAAAAUAUUAAAAUAAAACUGCUAUCUUGCCCCGCCCUGCUGUGUAAUCCAGGUGCUUUCUGCAACAUCAACACCACAAACCUAUUUCUGUUACCCCAGGGCUGUAGUGGUAGCUGAGAUGAAGAUGCCCAUUCAGACACUGAGCUUUCCUCAAGGUUCCAGCCAAGCUCUCAGCACUCCCCCACCUUCAUUAAGAAGAGGCACAGCCCUGAGUCCCCCACUGCUGCCACGUUCUCCUCUCAGCUGGCUGGAGCUGUGGGCUCUGCCUUUGUGUUCAGACUGCCUCSUGCACCCUCCCUGCAGUGCUGCAGCAGUGACAGCUCCUCAGGAAAGGAUCUGCAGCGCUCCCGGAGCAGUGACAGUGGGGGACAGGGAGAGAAAAGGCUUCCAUCUCACACUGCUUUUUUAGUUUUUCUGURUGUGGAACAUAGACAAAAUUGAGAUGAAAUCAAAUAAAACCUAGACGUAACUGGGGAGAAAAGGAGUGAUUGCUACAUCCAGCUACUUACUCAACYAUUACUGACUGAUGCAGCAAUACAGACGUUCCUGAAGUGCUGGCAAGGCUGGAUGUAGAGUCCAGAAAAAUUCUCCUGUGGAUGCUGCAAAUGCUCAUUUUGCUCGUUCAUUAACUACUUCAUGAAGUAGGUUUAGCUGCAAGGAUUAUUCCAGUGGAAAAAAAAAAUAAUGCUCAUACAUUUUACAUAAAUCAAUUUAUCAUGACUCAACUGAAAAACAGUCUUGCUGCAAAGGUUUAUUAUGAAAUAAAUAAAAAGUCCAUAAGAGAAGUUUGAAAAAUCUAUUUUAUGAAGCUUUAAGAUGCAUCGGGUAGAAUUAUCUAUGGUUACAUUUCAAUCUCAAAAUAACAAAGUUAUUUUGGGCAAGACACUGAAAUGCCAAAAGAUUUGAUUAUCAUACAGGUGGAAGAUAACAUUUAUGUAGCGUUUUCUAACAAAUUGUCCCAUCGGAGGAAUCCUCAUAUUUACACAUUGCAAACAUCAGCGAGAUUUAAAUGACAUCUUGCAUUUCAUUUCUUGCUUUUUAAAUAUGUAGGACCCAGGAAUAUUAYGCAGCUGCUACCACCGCCGUGGCCUUCACAGUGGUUACACAGUGUCUGUGCUCCAGAGGCAGCAGGAGCAGGGCUGAGCCUGGACACCGCCAGCAGAGCGAGUCCCUGCUCGGAGCUGCUGCAUCGCCUCUCGUGAAUUGCUUUUGUCUGUCUCAGUAAGUCCGGUAUCCCUGAGAUAGGAACCACUGCAGCUGUUGGGGUGGGGCUCUCCCCUGUACGUACAUGAUCGCUGGGGACUGUCUGGGCUCAGCUCUAAACUCCGCUCAGCCAAGGCUCCAAUGGUUCUGGCUUUAGGAYGCUCUCAGUGCUUGCUGGCAGCGAGGCGCUUCAGCAGCGGCUCAUCGUAAACCCAGCACUCUCCRUCCUCGUGGAAUAACUGCAAAGGAAUCAUCACCUGUAAGCUUGGGACAGAAGAAAUGCCACAGGUGGAAGGGCAUUGACCCUGCUGGAAUGAAGCUCACCCUUGUUUCCCACGAGGUCUCGUUCUCCUUCCUGGCCCUGGCCUCGGCUCUCUGCCGCUCCUCAAGCGCGUGCUUGGCAGCCGUGGCUGCGUCGAUGUCUCUGAUCUUUAGGUUGUAGGUUACAUCUUUCCACAAGCUUGAAAGAGAAAGRGCAAUGGAGACUGGUUGAUGGGAGCAGAGUGCUGCAAGUUGUGGACAUAUCAGUGACUACAGGUAGAUCUCAUGUUAGAGAAAGAGCAGAAAAGCCCCCAAGAUCUGUUGAACCACAAUUGUGCUGUGUUAUGGCAGGAGGAGGAGGCUGUGGUGGAGCUCUCCAAACCUCCCUGAACAUUUGAUCCCAAUUAUUUGUGACUCAAAACUCCAGGCCUCCUCUUCCCCCUUAAAUCCCCAGCCUGCCUGGGCUCAGGGAGAGCAGAGCAUGCAGUGCCUGGAUCAGUACACCCUUGGUCUCUGCACUGCAAACUGGAGUCUAACUGAAAUAAAAUCUUAAUGUUCCCAGUUAACUAAAGUUCUUACCAGCGAGACUCAAAGUCGUCUUGGUCCUCCAAUUUCCUUACCUUCUUCUUUAUUGUAGGCAUUUUCUUGGUAUCUAUAAAGACAGCAUUCUCCUGGGAGAUGAAAAAAAAAAAAAACAAACCUAUUCAGUUCUUUAGCUAGAGUUUAAAGAUACACCCUCACACUUUAGUAUGUGGUUGGCAGGAAAUACACGAAAAAUGGUAAUUCUUUAGAUUUUGUUCUUGUAUAAAAAUCAAGCUUUCUUAAGAAUAAAUGAACAAAAUAAUUCAUAACUUUUAUCCCCAGUUCAUUUGGGGAUUGCCCAGUAUUCUUCUGGAGGUUUCAACCAUUAAUGUUUAAAAUGAAAAUCCAAACACACAAAACCACCCCAAACCCUCUUGUUAAGUACAACCUUCUAUUUCUGAUGAAAAGAGAAAAAAGAAAGCAAGUUGUGUUACCCCUGUGGAGUACUUUGCAUACAUGACCCCAUUCCAUUCUCCUUCAAUGGAGCAGAAGGGUUUCUUGUCAUUUGGAGAA